UUGGUGCUGAUCAUGUGAAUCGGCGGGUUGAGAGGAGAAAGGUAUCCUGAAUGAGCACAUCAGAUGAUGGAAUUUCUCCCAGAGACCACAACUGCUCGUCCACAACUGUCUCCCUCCGAAAUUAGAUAAGAGAGAAGCGCCAGGAGGUUACAGCCGGGAAGAUGUUCUGCGCCAAGCUGAAAGAGCUGAAGAUAUCCGGAGAGUGUCCGUUCUCUGCCAGCGCCAAAAAUAAUGAGCUCGGAGACUUUGAGGAGCGCUCAACUGAGACGGCGGAUUUAUUGCCUGUUUCCAAGGACGUGCACGGAAAAACAGGUGAGGGUGUACCUCGAAAGAAGACAAGCAGAGCCAAAGUUAACCUGCAUACACUUGGGGAUAGCAUCCGAAAACUGGCAUGUCCCGAGUUUCAAAGGCUGCACACUGCCCUCCAACGAAUGAUGACACUAUCAGAUCACAGCAGGGACUCUGAAAGUCUAGCAAUUUCCUGUUCACAUCACCAGAGCUGUAGCAGUGAACCAGAGCAUUUAUUAGAGAUGAUGAACAUUCAUUCUGUCAAAACAGGAAUCCCGAUAGAAGCUUUGAAAAUUGCUCUUGGUGAGGAGAUUUUCAAUAUGUGUUACGAAGAGGACAGCCACAUUUUGACGGUGGUGGGGGGAGCACUCCACGACUUCCUCAACAGCUUCAAUGUCUUGUUGAAACAGAGCAGCAUGCUGCCCAACCCGGAUAGAGGAGAUUGUGUAAACGAACCUUCGGUGCUCUGCUUAGACAAAGAUCCGGGCCUGCUUACUGUCUAUUUCUUCAACCCUUGCACCACCACUGAGCUCUUUUUCCCAGGAGUCAUCAAAGCUGCUGCCCGCCUGUUGUACAACACCACUGUGGAUGUGGUGAUGGACCUCCAACAUGGCAGAGACACCAUCUUGCAAUCCAGUCCACAGCCCAGCCUCCUGUACACAGUCGUAGUUAAAGAUACAAAAAAUCUGAGCCCCAGUCCGUUGCGGGCUACCUCAGCUGGGACCCUUCCUACCUCUCUCUUUUCCACUAUCUUCCCUUUCCAUCUGAUACUUGACCAGGAUCUGGUUCUGGUGCAAGUAGGACACGGGCUCAGGAAAAGACUGAUCAGGAAGGAUGGACUCAGACGGUUUAGUACCUUCCAAGACCACUUCUCUAUUGUGUCCCCCCAGAUCAAAUGUACCUUUCAGGGUAUCCUCACUAUGCUAAAUGCACAGUUUAUCAUUCGGAUAAAGCAUGGAGUCACCACCACAGAUAACACAGGAAAGCACAUGGACCUUAAAGGUCAGAUGAUUUACGUUUCAGAGUCAAACGCCAUCUUGUUCUUGGGAUCGCCAUGCGUGGACAAGCUGGAGGAGCUGACAGGUCGCGGCCUCUAUCUGUCAGACAUCCCUAUUCAUAACGCUCUCCGUGAUGUAGUCCUGGUUGGCGAGCAGGCCAAAGCACAGGAUGGUUUGAAGAAGCGGUUGGGGAAGGCCAAGGCAGCCUUGGAGCAUGCACAUCAAGCUCUGGAGGAGGAAAAGAAGAAAACAGUGGAUCUCCUCUUCUCGAUCUUUCCCGGCACUGUGGCACAGCAGCUGUGGCAGGGUGAAACCGUCCAAGCCAAGAAGUUUGACCAUGUUACGAUGCUCUUCUCUGAUAUUGUGGGCUUCACGGCUGUUUGCUCAAUCUGUACGCCCAUGCAAGUGAUCACCAUGCUCAAUGAGCUAUACACCAGGUUUGACCACCAAUGUGGAGAGCUUGAUGUGUAUAAGGUGGAGACCAUUGGUGAUGCAUACUGUGUAGCUGGUGGCUUGCACAGGGAGAGUGACACUCAUGCUGUUCAAAUUGCACUCAUGGCUUUAAAGAUGAUGGAGCUUUCAAAUGAAGUUAUGACGCCAACGGGAGAACCAAUACAGAUGCGUAUCGGCCUCCACACCGGUUCAGUACUCGCUGGUGUAGUUGGGGUUAAGAUGCCUCGCUACUGCCUUUUUGGGAACAAUGUCACAUUGGCCAACAAGUUUGAAUCAUGCAGCCAACCUAGAAAAAUCAACAUCAGCCCCACAACCCACAGAUUGCUGAAGGGUCGCCCAGAGUUCGUGUUUGUUCCCAGGAGCAGACAGGAGCUUCCGGCCAACUUUCCAGACGACAUCCCUGGAGUUUGUUACUUUUUGGAGGCGUCUGUCAAAACUUCAAAACUGAAUAUGAAAUGAAGUCAUGUGACAGAUCCCAAAAACGCUAGCUAUGGAGUAAUAGAAACCUAUCUAGUGAACACAGUGCAACAACCUUGUAUAUCUUGGUUUUGGUUGAGUUGAUGUCGAUGAUAGUGUCUUCGAGUCAAACUCUUGCAGUUGCUUAAUUACAGAGAUGUCAGUUUACUGUCAAACAUGAGUCUUGUCUCUGUACAAUUAUCCAUUUGUACAGUUGUUGUAGAAACUUACUUCAUCUUUCUUCCAGAAUGAGUCAUCUGUGCAAACUGAUAUGAUAUAAAAGUAGCUUUCAUUUCUAGCUCCUGCCAGAGAUAUAGAAGUGCUGUCAAGAGAGGACUCUGGGACUGUUGUUCUAAGACUGUUGUCUGUAAAAAUAGUAUAAAAUGUAUAGUAAAUGCACCAAAAAGCAUACAAAUUUUUAAAAAGAGUCAUUAAAGUUUUUAAUCUUGUAAAAUGUGGCUAUGUUACAAAAAUACAUUUUUGAUAUGAUGACCUGUAAAUGUCUGACUACCCAGACUAGGUACCUGGUAAAGCAAUGUGUCCCAGAAUUACAUACAAAUAAUAAAAAUAAAUAAAUAAAAAUAUAUUCUUUAAUAACAUAUAACACAAACAAUUAAACUAUGUUAAGAGUUUAGGAUUAAACCUUUGAACCAAUGAAGCAAUGUCGAGCAGAUCAAGGUGCCUUAUGCAAGCUCUACAGGCAGGAUCAUAUGUUGGUUUACAAACAAAUGCUUUUAUUUAUUUAUUUUUAUUUUUUAGUAAAACACAACCAAUAAUUUCUUUCUGAGUCAGACAAAAACAUAUACACUGUUUUUUAAGUGUGUUGUGUAACAUAAAGCAUUCCUAACUCUCAGUAUCUUAACACAGGUAAUGUUUGUGCAUAUUUUUAGUCUUUUUCCACACCUCACAUUUAUACUAUAUUUAUUACAUGAGUGUCAUAGCACUCCUUUGCUACAGAGGGAAUAUGACACGGCCAGAGUACAAUGAAUGUCACCCAUAAUGAUGUGCUUUAACCAUUAUUGUAAUGUAAUCAAAGUGCAAUAAAUAUUGACAAACAGUUUUAAAUGAAUGACUCUGUAGCACAUAGCAUUGUAUGAAUAAUUGUCAUCUUAAGUUAUUGACAUAUAUAUGAUGCAGUACAUCCAUUGAAAAGUAACUAGAGGCAUUUACUCAAUUACUUCUUUUCUGUAUCAUUUCAGGCACUUUUAUUUUACUUGAGUGUUUUUAGUUUAAAUUUCAGAGUAGAAUAAUUCACUUUUUACUCCAGUACAUUUAUAUGAUAACUUCACAAAUAUUAAUUCCAAGGCAGAAACACAUAUGAGCUUCCUAAAUUUGGGAUUACAAAAACUAUUUCUUACUAUUCAGAUUCAUGCUCAUUUAAAUAUUGGAAUUGUGAAAUUGUUGGCUAAUAUGUAUGUUUUAAAUAAGACGUUGUCUGAUAGCUGAUGCUUAUACCGCUGAUUUUUGUUUAUUUUUUGUGUUGCUAUUAAUCCCUGUUGUGUAAACAAAGAAAUUAUUAUAAUAAAUAACUAUUAAAGUCUUUCAGUCCAUUAUCAUACUGUCUUGAAAGAGAAUACAUUUUGUUCU